AUGCAUGCUCACAUUCUGAUGGGAAAUAAGCUGAAGCGUGAUGCCUUAAAUCCACAGGCAGAAGGCACUACAGCUGUUAACAUCUUCAGUUGUAAUAAUCCAACAGUUUUCUGUGUGUGUUUCAGAAACAAAUCCCUUGUACUUUAUCUACUGUUUAACAUUUCUCUUGUGACUUUCCUUCAACAGUACGUGGCAUUCGCCUCCCUCUUCUUCAUUCUGGUCUCCAUCACCACCUUCUGCCUCGAGACCCAUGAGAGAUUUAACCCCAUCGUGAACAAAACAGAGACUGAAUUCAUUGGCAAUGACACCCACGUGCGACACUACAGGGAAGCGGAGACCGAAGCCUUUCUGACCUACAUCGAAGGCGUCUGUGUGGUCUGGUUUACAUUUGAGUUCCUGAUGAGAAUCACUUUCUGCCCAAACAAGGUGGAAUUUAUCAAAAACUCUUUGAACAUCAUUGACUUUGUGGCCAUUCUGCCUUUCUAUUUGGAGGUUGGACUCAGUGGCCUGUCUUCCAAAGCUGCUAAGGAUGUCCUGGGCUUCCUACGAGUAGUCCGGUUUGUGCGAAUUCUGCGAAUUUUCAAGCUGACCCGCCACUUUGUGGGGCUGCGGGUCCUAGGACAUACUCUCCGUGCCAGCACAAAUGAAUUCUUGCUGCUCAUCAUAUUCUUGGCAUUGGGCGUCUUAAUCUUUGCCACGAUGAUCUACUAUGCUGAGAGAAUAGGUGCUAAACCCAAUGAUCCUAGUGCCAGUAAUCAUACACACUUUAAAAAUAUCCCCAUCGGCUUUUGGUGGGCUGUUGUCACCAUGACUACCCUGGGCUAUGGAGACAUGUAUCCUCAGACUUGGUCAGGCAUGCUGGUGGGGGCUCUCUGUGCUCUUGCAGGCGUGCUGACCAUUGCCAUGCCUGUCCCCGUCAUUGUGAACAAUUUCGGAAUGUAUUACUCCUUAGCUAUGGCUAAGCAGAAGCUACCAAAGAAAAAAAAGAAGCAUAUCCCGAGGCCACCCCAGCUGGGAUCCCCCAAUUAUUGUAAAUCUGUCGUAAACUCUCCACACCACAGUACUCAGAGCGACACAUGCCCACUGGCCCAAGAAGAAAUUUUAGAAAUUAACAGAGCAGAUUCGAAACUGAAUGGUGAGGUGGCCAAGGCGGCGCUGGCAAAUGAAGACUGUCCCCACAUAGACCAGGCUAUAACUCCUGAUGAGGGCCUGCCCUUUACCCGCUCUGGCACUCGGGAGAGAUAUGGACCCUGCUUCCUCUUAUCAACCGGGGAAUAUCCCUGCCCGCCUGAUGGAGGAAUAAGAAAGGAUCUUUGCAAAGAAAGUCCUGUCAUUGCUAAAUAUAUGCCAACAGAGGCAGUCAGAGUGACUUGACAAGGCGAGAUGGAGAUGAACAUUGAUGGCUAAUAAACAUCUGUGUGGAACUGUGCAGGCAUAGAAGACCUCCUCAUUUGGACAAAGUAAACUCGCUCCAUGCAGGUUUUAAGGAUGAUUCUAUGUGGUUUCAGAGUUGUACUAGAGAUGCAGGCUUUUUCUACGGCCAAAAUGUAACAAAACUGUAGAAGAUCUCUUCUUCCUUUCUUUUUUGUUUUGUUCAUAGCAUGAAUUGCAUGAAGUAAACAAAAACUGCAAUUGUAUGAUUAACUUUAAGGGGAAAAAAAGAAAGUUAUAUAUUUUCUUUGAAAGCUCUUUACUUUUACAUACAUUGUUGUAGCCAAAAUGUAAAACAUUAUAAAACUGUACAUUUCUUUGCUAUGGAUUGCUUCUUUUUGUAUACAAGAUACAGAGUAAUGGUUUUAAAAAGUGCAAUCAGGCAGUCAUCGGUCAUAUUGACCAUGCCUUCAUAUCUCAUCACACUGACAUGGAAAUCAAGAACUUUUAAUUCAACUAGAAUUGUGUAAAUUUAGGAAACUCCUUUUUUUCCUGUCUGUUUUCGUUGGCAUGCUUGUGACACAUGGGACCUUUCUUUGGACCUGAUGGUAACAGCUGGUCUAGAUUUAAUUUCCAGCUCUGGUUAUGUUGUAUUUUAUUGAUGUAUAGAUCCAACGUGAAGACCCUUCAUAACAAAUUGUUCAUAUUAAGUAAUCAGUAUGGAUUUGAAACAAAAAAAAAGUGUUAUUUAAAAACUGAGACUUAUAGUACAAAAAUCAGGAGAAUACUCAAGUAUAAACUUGUCUCAAAGUUUAAGAAACAAGACAACAGCAUUGUAUGCAAUUUAGUACUUCUGAGUAAAAUGCAUGCACAAUGUUAUGCAAAACAAUUCUAGCAUGAAAUAAAUUUUGUAUCAUGGUUUCGGUGCCUGCUGUACAGUGUAAACCAGAAUUAUUUUCUGAAGUGAUCAGGGGUUUCCAGAGACUUGCUUCUGAAAUCUUGAAUAAAUAUAUAGUGUUCCCAACAGAAAUGCUGGAGAGAAGCUUGGUAUUGGUUUGAUUCUAAAAUGGUAAUUUUGGUUAGUGGAUAACAAAUGAAGCCUGCAAACACUUGAUACAACCAAUGUCUGAAGUUUUCACAGCACUAGUAAAUAUUACCAGGGAAGAUAAAAUCUAGAAUUAUUUAGGUAUCUCUUCAUCUCCCCCCAAAUAAUAAAAGUUUGUCUUUUUAGUA